AUGGGUUUUUCCAUGUGUGCGCUUUCAAAACUAGUCCUGUUUUUAGUUUAUGUUGUGGUUGCCAACUCUUUUUCACCUUUGCAGUCCUAUUCUUGCCAUGAUGAGGAGAGAUCUGCCUUGCUGCAGUUCAAGGAGAGCUUGAUUAUCGACAAACGUGCUUCGGUUGUUGGUGCUUAUCCAAAGGUUUCAUCGUGGAAACCAGAGGAAGGGAAAAGUAAGAACUGCUGCUCAUGGGACGGUGUCGAGUGUGAUGAGAAGACAGGUUAUGUGAUUGGCCUUGAUCUCAGUAGCAGUUGUCUCUAUGGCUCUAUCAACUCCAGUAAUAGCCUCUUUCGUCUUGUUCAUCUUCAGAGGUUGAACCUCGCUGAUAACAAUUUCAAUUACUCUCAAAUUCCUACUGGCAUUAGGAACUUUCCGAUGCUCAGUUAUCUCAACCUCUCUGCCUCUGUCUUUUUUGGUGAAGUCCCAUCCGAAGUUUCGCAGUUGUCCAAGUUGUCAUUUCUUGAUCUUUCUUUCAAUGUUGAUGUAUUUACUAGCACUGAAGGCUUGUUAAAACUUAGAGAGUCCAAUUUCAGAAGUCUAGUUCAAAACUUAACCAGUCUAGAAAAGCUUCAUCUCAGUCUCGUCAACAUAUCUUCCACCAUACCCGAUUCCAUGGCAAAUUUAUCAUUCUUGUCAUCUCUCCUCCUCAGAGGUUGUGACUUGUUUGGCGCCUUCCCUGUAGGUAUUUUGAAACUACAGAACUUAGAGACUCUUGAUCUGAAAUCCAACCAAUAUCUCACUGGUUAUUUGCCUGAAUUUCAUCCGAGCAGUUCUCUCAUGUCGCUGAAACUUGGUGGCACUAGCUUUUCGGGGAACUUGUCUUCAAUUGAAAAGCUUGAUUCAUUGAAAGAGUUGGAAGUUCAAUCGUGCAACUUUAGUGGUCCAAUUGUUCAGUUGGCAAACCUUACCCAACUCACAUACUUGGCACUUUCUAAUAAUAAUUUUACUGGUGGUUCCUUGUCUUGGAUAGGUAAGCUAACUAAAAUUACUUAUCUGCGUCUUGAAAACAUCAAUUUAAGUGGUUACAUCCCCUCUUCUUUUCGAAACCUCACACAGCUUUUCUAUCUUCAUGUUCAUUAUAAUCAACUAACUGGUCCAAUCCCAUCUUGGAUAGGUAACCUUAGCAGCCUAGCUUACAUAGAUCUUUCUUCCAAUAGAUUGCAUGGUUCAAUUCCUGACUCAAUAUUCAAUCUUAUAGAUCUUCAAAUCCUUUUUCUGCAUGAAAAUAGUCUGCAUGGCACUGUGGAUAUUCUUAAGCUACAAAGUACUGUCACCCACCUCCAACUAUCUGUUAACAAAUUCAAUGUUGUCACAGAAUCCAGAAUUACAAAUGCAACUUUUCCGAAUUUUUCUAUCCUUGGAUUGUGUUCGUGCAACAUAAAAGAAUUUCCAUAUUUUCUAAGAUAUCAACAAAACCUGUUCUGGCUGGACCUUUCUAGCAACAAAUUGCAGGGCCACGUACCCAAAUGGGUGUGGAACAUGAGCACAGAAGCUCUGGAGUUCAUUGACAUUUCUCGAAAUUUCCUUUCUGGAUUUGAGCAACCACUGCCAGCUGUCCUCCCUUGGGUUAAGCUACAAAUUUUAUGGCUUUCCAAUAACAAGCUGCAUGGUUCACUACCCAUACCUCACCCAAACAUCUUGUAUUAUGCCAUUUCAGACAAUGAAAUAUCUGGAGAACUUCCACCAUUGAUUUGCAAUCUGAAUAAUCUUCAGUACCUUGACUUGGCAAAUAACAAGUUGAGUGGCACGCUUCCUCGGUGUCUUGGAAACUUCAGUGAUGACCUACAAGCUUUAGAUCUCGGAAACAACUCCUUUCACGGCAUUCUUCCUCAAACGUACAGCACCACAAGCAAACUGGGGAUGAUUAAUGUUCGUGAUAACAAGUUGCAGGGGGAUUUACCAAGGUCAUUAGCAAAUUGUGUGAUGCUUGAGUUUUUGGAUCUGUCAAACAAUGAGUUCAGUGAUGCUUUCCCUUUUUGGUUGGGGGCACUCCAAGAGUUGAAACUUUUGGCAAUGAACCACAAUGCGUUCUAUGGUCUGAUUGGGACACCUGAAAAGAAACUUAAUUUCUCUUUCCCCAAGUUGAGGAUUCUUGAUCUCUCUUACAAUAAGUUCACAGGUGAGUUUCCAUCCAAAUACAUCUUUUCUGGGAAUUCGCUGAGAGGUAUCACUUUAAACCAGUCCACAUACAUGGACACAUCCUCACUUCUUCAACCCGGUGGUUCACCAAAGACUUUUGCCUAUGAUUUCUCAGCCAUGAUAACAACUAAAGGUGUUGACAGAUACUACCCACGGAUUCAAGAAGACUUUGCUGCUGUUGAUCUCUCAAGUAACAGGUUUGAAGGGAAGAUUCCAGACUUCAUUGGGAAUCUAAAGGGACUUCACUCUCUCAACAUUUCCAAUAACAUCCUCACUGGUCGAAUCCCAGCAUCCCUAGGGAACUUAAUACAGCUCGAGUCCUUGGACCUUUCACAAAACAAGCUCUCAGGAGAGAUUCCUCAGCAACUUACGCAGAUUCCAUCACUCGGAACUUUCAAGGUCUCUAACAACAAUCUCACAGGUUCUAUACCACAAGGGCAGCAAUUUAAUACAUUUGACAGCAGUUCGUAUGAGGGGAACCCAGGAUUGUGUGGAGAUCCAUUGCCAAAGAAAUGUGGAAAUCCUAAAGCCCCUCAACCAUCACCUUCGACUAAAAAUGAAAGUGAUUCAGGCUCUGGAGUUGAAGUUGAUUGGAAAUUUGUUUUGGCAGGAUUUGGAAGUGGGUUAUUAGUGGGAGUGGUUCUUGCGGAUGUUCUGAUCACGAGGAGGCCUGAAUCAUUCAUCAUGAUUGUGGAAAUCUGUAGGACAUUAGUGGAAGGUCGAGGAAGGCCUAGAAAGCAGAAUAGGAGAUACAUAAGUUGA